AUUUUUUUUACAGUUGUUCGAAUCGAGUAUUGUUUAUUAUCUUCAACCAUUGAUUGAUAAUCGAUGAUGAUGAUUAUGAUGAAUAAUCAGAUCAUCAUCGUCAUCAACGAUGGCUCCACCAAUAAUCAAUUCAUCAAUGAAAAUGAUGAUAGAUAAAUUACGAAAAUCAUUUGCCGAUGAUUGUUUGGAACAUUUGGUUUUUGUUUAUGGAACAUUGAAAAAAAGUCAACCAAAUCACCCCGUAUUGGUGGAAUCGAAAAAUGGUCAAGCUAAAUUUAUAUGCAAUGGACAAACAUUAGAUCGAUGGCCAUUGGUCAUUGCAUCACAAUAUAAUAUACCGUAUUUGUUGUAUAAAUCUGAUACUGGUCAUAAAAUUCAAGGUGAAAUCUAUGCAAUCGAUGCUGAAAUGUUGAAAUUCCUAGACGAAUUCGAAGGUCAUCCAUCAUAUUAUACACGACGACAGAUGCCGGUUUCAACUUUAGAACAUGGAACCAUUGAACCAUGGAUCUAUUUUCUGAAUCAAUAUAAAUUAGAAAUGCUUCAACUGCCAAUGUAUGCAGAUUAUAAUAGCUAUGGUCAACAUGGUCUUCGUUAUGUUGAAAGGUGCGAUCGUCAAGGUCCAAAUGCUAAUUGUGGACAUACAGAAAAAUCUCAAGUGACUAAUGAUUGUUAGUAAUUCAUUUUUUUUCUAUUUUCAUUGAUACCAGUGAAGAAACAAAAUGCUUGGACGAUAUUUAAUCAUU